CAGACCACCUCUGAGCUAACCUAUCUCCGUGGGCAACGACUGUCUGGAGACCUGCCGUGCUAGGAUUUGGCUCACGCUGGUGCCAUUGGUGGGCUCACGGCACCGGGUACCCGAGACUAACUCAGCGCAUUGAUCAGAACAUUAAAACGAAGCCACUGCUCAGCUCCCAAGAUGGCGCCACUCAAACUGCACGUGCUUUUCUGCUUCUCCUGCUGCCUCACGCUGGUGCAUCCUUUUAACUGGCAAGACCCAUCUGCUUUUGACUUUAGGCCAUCAGUAUGGUUUCAUAAGCUUAAAGAGGUGAUGUCGGCUGCCAGCUCCUGCCAUAGCAAAAUUCCCAAAGGAAAUGGAUCCUACCCCGUCGGUUGUACAGACCUGAUGCUCGGUUACACGAAUAAGAGCAUCUUCUUGCGUUUGUAUUACCCAGCUCAAAGUCAAGGUCAAGAUCGCUUUGACACUGUUUGGAUCCCGAACAAAGAAUAUUUUUUUGGCCUUAGUAAAUUUCUUGGAACACCGAGUAUUGUAGGCAACAUUUUGGACUUCUUAUAUGGUUCAAUGAAGACACCUGCAAGCUGGAACGCUCCUCUGAGAACUGGAGAAAAAUACCCACUCAUUGUCUUUUCUCACGGUCUUGGAGCAUUCAGGUCACUUUAUUCUGCUAUCGGCGUUGGCUUGGCAUCUUAUGGGUUCAUAGUUGCUGCUGUCGAACACAGAGACGAAUCUGCAUCGGCAACUUACUAUUUUGAAGACCAGGCAGCUGCAAAGCUGGAAAAUAGGUCUUGGCUUUACAUUAAAAAGCUAAAACUGGAGGAUGCAAAAAUAAUUCGGAAAGAGCAGGUUCAGCAAAGAGCCAAAGAAUGUUCCCAGGCUCUCAGUGCUAUUCUGGACAUUGACCAUGGAAACCCAAAAGAGAACAUUCUAGGUUCAGAUUUUGAUGUGAAACAGCUAAAGGGCACUAUCGACAGGAAUAAAAUAGCCGUGGUUGGACAUUCUUUUGGAGGAGCAACAGUUAUUCAAUCCCUCAGUGAAGACCAGAGAUUCAAGUGUGGAGUUGCUCUAGAUCCGUGGAUGUUUCCUGUGAGUGAGGAGGAUCUGCCCUCCAGAAUCCCCCAGCCUCUCUUCUUUGUCAACUCCGCCCAGUUCGAGUCCAAGGACGAUGUCAUAAAAAUGAAAAAGUUCUAUCAACCUGACAAGGAAAGGAAAAUGAUCACAAUCAGGGGUUCAGUGCACCAGAAUUUUGCCGACUUUACUUUUGUAACUAGCAAGCUAAUUGGAAUCAAGCUGACCUUAAAAGGAGAAAUAGACUCCAGGGUAGCAAUCGACCUCACCAACAAAGCUUCAUUGGCUUUCUUACAAAAGCAUUUAGGACUUCAUAAGGACUUUGAUCAGUGGGACUCUCUGGUGGAAGGAAAUAACGAGAACCUGAUCCCUGGGUCACCGUAUGACGUAGUCACUCAGUCCCCGGCUCUGCAGCACUCUCCCGGAUCACACGACCAGAAUUAGAAGAGCUU